GCGUUGGUCACAUGACACCGGGGCAGGAGCAGCCUCACAGCCCGCUCUCCACAGCUGCUCCUCGGCCACAGUCCCUCCGCCUGUCCGCUCCUCUCCUCCACACCUCCAGACCUCCGCACACCCGCCCGGGCCAUGGCGCAGGACCACAGCGGAUUCCAGGAGCUCGAAGAUGGGGACGAGCUGUUCCCGGAGCCGGAGGAGCAGAGCACAAAUGGACCUAGGCAGAGCUCCAUGUUUGAAGAGGACCCUGACGACCUCUUUGCCGAGGCCACAGAAGAGGUGUCUCUGGACAGUCCAGAGAGAGACGUGCUUCUGUCCGAUGGUCCGUCUCCGGCUCUGACCCCUCUGUCCCCCCCGAGCUCAGUGCUGCCACCUAGACUGGCCCCCGAUAUGUUCACUCACUCCUCCUUCGACGAGAUGGAGGAGGAGGAGGCUGGAGACUCUCUGGACAUCCUCAUCUCGGUGUCAGACCCAGAGAAAAUUGGCGACGGGAUGAACGCGUAUAUGGCCUACAAAGUCACCACAAAGACGUCGCUGUCUCUGUUCAAACUGAAGGACUUUUCCGUCAAACGCCGCUUCAGUGACUUCCUCGGUCUCCAUAGUAAACUCGCCUCUAAGUAUCUGCACAUCGGCUACAUCGUGCCCCCCGCCCCUGAGAAGAGCAUUGUGGGGAUGACGAAAGUGAAAGUGGGGAAAGAAGACCAGUCGUCAAAUGAGUUUGUGGAGAAGAGACGCUGUGCUUUAGAGAGGUAUCUGAUGAGGACAGUGAAACACCCAGUUCUGCUCAAAGACCCAGACCUCCUGCAGUUCCUCGAGAGCCCAGAGUUGGCUCGUGCCGUGAACACUCAGGCUCUGAGCGGAGCUGGACUCAUGAGGAUGAUGAACAAAGCUGCAGACGCCGUCAACAAGAUGACCAUAAAGAUGAACGAGUCCGACACGUGGUUUGAGGAGAAACAGCAGCACUUUGAGAACCUGGAUCUACAGCUGAGGAAACUCCACGGGAGCAUCGAGUCUCUCGUCUGUCACAGGAAAGAGCUUUCAUUGAACACGUCUCAGUUUGCACGCUCGGCAGCCAUGUUGGGGAACAGUGAGGACCACACGGCUCUGUCACGCGCGCUGUCGCAGUUAGCAGAGGUGGAGGAGAAAAUGGAGGCGCUACACAACGAACAAGCUAACAGUGACUUCACUCUCCUGUCCGAGCUCAUCGGGGACUACGUACGCCUGCUCGCCGCCGUCAAGGGGGUGUUUGAACAUCGGAUGAAGACGUGGCAGAGGUGGCAGGACACUCAGAUGUUGCUGCAGAAGAAACGUGAAGCUGAAGCCAAACUUCAGUUCACAAAUAAACCUGACAAACUGCAGCAGGCCAAGGAUGAGAUCAAGGAGUUGGAGCUGAAAGUGUCUCAGGGAGAGAGAGACUUUGAGCAGAUUUCAAAAACAAUCAGAAAAGAAGUGACACGCUUCGAGAGAGAGCGAGUGAAGGAUUUUAAAGAAACCAUCGUCAGAUACCUGGAGACGCUGCUGCACUCACAACAACAGAUGAUAAAAUACUGGGAGGCGUUUUUACCUGAAGCCAAGGCCAUCUCAUAGACUACACUACCCACGAUGCACCUGUCCUCCGUCCUGUUGCUGCUGCUGCGGUCUGUCACAGGAGAAGAAGAAGAAGAAGAAGAAAAAGAGACCAGCGGCGCCCCAAAACUGACUACAAUACCCACAAUCCUCCUCUCUCUGCUCCAAUCUGCUCCCCUCUGUCUUUGCUCCAGGCUCACACAGCUCUGAGGGACUACAUUACCCACAAUCCCCCCCUGUCUCUACUCCAGGUUCACACAGCUCUGAAGGACCACAUUACCCACAAUCCCUGGUGCGGCGGCUGUUUCCUGCAGUGGGGCUGUUGGGGCGUUGAUGCUUUUUUUUUUUUAUUGACCUGUUUUUGUUGCUAAUGAUCGAAGAGAGAAGGCAACAUUCCCCCUGCUUUGUCCUCUUUGAGUCAAACUUUGAGGCCACACCCCCCGGGCAGGGCCAAAAGAGCUCUCGUCCAAUCAGCUUUGUUUAUUUCAGUGGCACGUGCUCUUUGUUCUUUUCUCAAAACAAUCAACUGAAAAUGGCGCCCGUGAGAUUGUUCGAAUAAAACAUAAUAAUGCGUUGGAUUGAUGUUGGCAUUCGGCUACAGUCAAAUGAAGCUAAUUGAGGCUAGCAGUUAUAGCGGCUAAUUUGGAGAUUCAUAUUAGGAAACAUACACGGAACUGGGAAUUUUUAAGACCAAAAUGACGAGCCUGAUAGCAGCAGUUACACAGAGAGAGUGAGGCUGCGGCUUUUACAUUAGAGUCAAUGGAGCCGUAUUGCGCUCAUGAUCACUUCCUGUUUGGAAUGCAGUGGCUAGCAGGUUAGCUACGUCCAUUUAUAUAUACAAACUAGGGGUUAGACUGCCAGAAGCAAGGCCCCUCCCACCUCCACCUGGUUUAGUCCUGGCAUAGACCUGGUUUAGAUCUGGUUUAGUCCUGGCUUAGUCCUGGUUUAGACCUGGUUGAGUCUUGGUUUAGACCUGGUUUAGUCCUGGCUUAGACGACAUCACGUAACUGGUAAAAAUGUGUUGUUAAACUCAAACUUAUACUGUGGACCCAGAACACGUUUGUUUUUCUCAAAGAGGACACAUUACCCACAAUCCUUUGCUCUUGUCUGCACUAAUCAGUCUUAUUAUUUAUAUGCGAUCUCCUGUUGAUCAGUGAAUGUUUUGAACCUGAUUUUGACUUUCAUAAAUUGAACUGGACUGAGUCUGAUUUUAUGGAGAAUGAUUUGAGUUUUGAGUUCUGUGUCACUUUUUCCUGUUUUUGCACUGGAUGGGUUUUAAUUAAAGCUUUAUGUUGGAAUUUUUAAACAUUCCUGAAGUGAAAAAGUCCAAUAAAGGAAUCUAUCAACCA